UGAAUAUCAUGCGCGCUAGGCCCGUUGCGAGCCAAGCGCAGUCACUCGCGGUAUCCAAACAAUGUUUUCAUUUCCCUUUGGCAAUGUCCUAGCAAUAUAAAUAACACAAAUGGUUGAAAGAACUAAGCAAUGUAAGAUAUCACACGAAAUGAUGAUUCGACUAAACAAUUUUUUGUAUGUUUUCAAUUUACGCCAAGGCACAAUUUUAAUUGCCGUCCAUCAGAUCGCAAUGUCAUCUUUUGUUCUCAUAAUAUUAUUAGUUGGCAUAUCUCAUGUGGGUGAAAUGCUAUCGAUGCUGCAUGCUGACAUGGAAGACGACGCUGAAAGCCGCGGAUUCUUCGAAGUGUCAUACGGGCAACAGCUCGUGUUCCACGAGGGAGACGUGAUCAGCACUAACAAUCAACGGAGAUUUGCAAAGGCACAACAUCUUGCGUCGGUGACCGUGAUAUUUCUGUACACGAGCACGAUCCUGACGUCAAUUUACCUGAUGUGCUGCAUCUCCUUGCUGCAUGGCGCCGUGAAGUACAAGCGGGAGUAUGUACUGCCGUGGAUCAUGGCGGCGUGUGUUGGUGUGGUCCUGCUGCUGGUGGCUAUCGUUGUUGGUGACGGAUACCCGUGCAUCGUGAGCCUCUUCGGCGGGCAUAAGCUUUAUCACUUAUUCUGCGCUCUAUUCGUGCUGACCUUCAUCUACGCUAUUUGCGCGGUCAGCAGCUUCGCGCUAGAGACAGGCGGCGGACGGUGCCGGCGUACGCGCAGCGACGAGCGUGGCGAGCGCUUGCUACUGCUGGACCACGCAGCGCAUUCCAGCCUACUGUCUGCGGCGCAGCUCACCAAGCUCUCACACGGCACUAGGACGCACUUCGUCUGAACGCUACGCUAUGCUUCAUGGUCAAGGCGAAGCCGUCGACAGCGCCCCCUAUAACUGUUCCAAUGAGGUCUUUUGGAAAAGAUGUUGGUGUGGACAAGGCAGUGCCUCAUGUAUACGUAAUGCGUUACACACAAUUUCUGCUUCGAUCUUGAUUAAGCCAAAUCUUAAGGGGCCGGUUGCGGGUACGGUCACGUGACUUUAAUUUACAGUACAGUUAGAGUAGCUUUACUUUUUUUUUGAGGAAUGGAUUUUUAUAAUUUUAUAGGUAAGCCUACUAUUCCACGAGCGCUUAUUUUAAAACUUUAUAAGAUGUAAAGUAAAAUAACACCACCUGCCGCAAAGGGGAUGCAGCUGUUGAUAACUUCGCGCACUUGACCAACGUUUUUGUUCACAUUUUUGUACACAGUACGCUACUCGAUCGCCUUAACUUCAAACUACACGUUCAACGCUGUCGCUAGGUCAUAGUUAAGCUUAGUCAGACCCAAAACCUCAUCGUCCUGAAAGCUAACCGCCUUUAUUCAUCUAUUCAUUGAACAAAUUGAAAACUUAUGAAGCUGUUUACUUAUUUUUACAAAUUUAAAAGGGCUAAUUCGUGAUUUAUAACCAUUUUCCGUCCGGUUAGUAUCAGCGUGAAGGAAAAACAGAUAGCUGCUGGUAACGAUUGUAUUAUACCUACACUAAUGCAACAUAAUAAUUCUCCUGGAGAUAUGUAUUUGCAAUGCAAUAACUGAACCGAGAUUUCAUAAUAAUUAUACAAUAUAGAAACGGCCUCUGAAGACAUGUACAUAAAUUAAAGUUUUGAUUUAGAACAAGAGUCAAUUAUCUAAAUACUUGCGUACAUCAAUCAAAGUAAGUUUUUGUUAAAUAAUAAAACAAUGGAUAGUUUCAUUUCACAAUCUUUUGUCUUUCUGUGCUAUUUUAGAAUGAAGUCGUAAUUAAGAACUUGACACGCAAUUUAAUUGUCAUUUGUCAGAAUUUAUAAUUAAUUAGAAUUUAAUUACUUUAAUAAUUUAUUAUGGUUAUUUAACAUUUCAGCCAAAAAAGUGUUACAAUGCUAGAGCUAUUUUAUGCAUUGGAUUUAUUCUUAUUUGCUUCAUGUUGAUGCUAUAAUGGUUGUAUAAAUAUUGCACAAUCUGGACAAAACAUUUGACUGUGCAUGAUCAUUUAAUUACUUAAUCUAUGAUUUAAUAAAAUAUAUCAAGGAAAGCAAAUACUCAUUAGGUUUCAGCAAGCUUAGGCUAUUAGCAGAUUGAAUCAUCAACACGAAAAUCAGUAUUUUUGACAUUGUUUAUGUAAAAAGUAGGUAAAAGCUAGUUUACAGGAGUACUGUAGUUUUAUCUUUAUGCUUUCUCAUAAUAAUAAUUGUCAAAUUAAGAAAGGAAAAGUAUUAUUUAAAACGCAAUUUUGGGAAAAUGUGAACAUAUUUGUUGUGAUAUUAUUGUUUAAUGUGACUCUAAAGAGACAUACAUGUUAUGCCAAAUAUGUAUAUUUUAUUGUAAUCAUUAAAGUACAAAU